AUGUCCAAGCAGAAGAUUUUCUUCGUUGGUGCCACAGGCGAGACAGGCAGCACGAUUCUUGAAGCUCUUAUCGAGGAUGGCUCAUUUGACAUCAACUGUUCCAUUCGCACUGCUUCAGCCGGAAAGCCCGCCGUUCAGCAAAUCAAAGAGAAGGGUUUGAACGUCGUGACUGGUGACCUUUCCGGCCCUAUCCAGGAAACAGUUGCACUGCUGCAAGGCAUAGAUACCAUCAUCAGUGCCAUCUUCCCUCUAGACGUUGCCGACCAAAUUCCUCUUAUCAAUGCCGCCGUCCAAGCCGGCGUCAAACGCUUCGUGCCCUGCAAUUGGGGCCCGCCGGCCGCUCGCGGCGGCAUCAUGAAGCUGCGCGAUCUGAAGGAAGAGGUCCACGACCAUAUCUUCCGUCAGCGCCUGGGCUUUACCAUCAUCGAUGUGGGCUUCUGGUAUCAGGCGAGUUUCCCCCGCGUGCCGAGCGGCAAAUUCGACUAUGCAGCCUUUUUCCCCAUUAACGAGCUUUAUGCCGGUGGAACGGCGCCGAAUAUGCUCAUAGACAAGAGAGAUGUCGGACGGAUUACAGUGAAAAUCAUCAAGGACGAGCGCACCCUGAAUAAGAGGGUGUAUACAUACGGAGAUCUUCUCAGCCAGAACGAGAUCCAUGCAGUUAUCGAAAAGAAAACAGGGGAGAAGUUAGAACUCACUGAUAAAUCGGUGGAAGAAAUCCAAGCGACUCUGAAAGCGGCACGAGAGGCAGCAGAAGCUGAUCCAACGAACAUAGGCAACAAGUACAAACUUGCUAUGUCCGAAUAUUGUGAUAUUAAGUACGUGCGGACCGACAAUACGCCUGAAAAUGCCGAAUAUUUGGGAUAUAUCAAUGGGCGGGAGUUGUAUCCAGAUUUCGAGUUCAUCACGUUUGCCGAUUUUGUUGAUGACCUGAUUGCUGGCGAAGUAAAGAGGCCUUAUCCACAUUUACAGAUGUAG